AUGAUCGAGACUGACAAAGACGAAAAGUUCCGGGAUUUAUCCGCAUCAAUGCUGAAAAACAUCAAUCCAGAAAACAUCAUCCUUUUGUUGCGACUUUCGAGAAAAUUGAACAUUCAGCAAUACCAUCCGGUCCUGGAGAUAUUUGCCAAUGAUCAAGGGGGAAUCGAGACCAUCGACAGUGUCCUCGACUUCGCCAGUUCGCAAAUUGGGAAAGGAGAUAUUGCCAGUUGGGACGUGCAAACCGCUACGACUCUUGGGUUUUACUUAGCCAUGGUGAAGAAUCAAUUGAAAAAAGAUGAUUCCGGGGAGUUUGCGAAAAAAGUCAUCGACUUUGGCGCCGCAGUGAUAAAUAAUUACAUCGAAAACAUCGUUCUCUUCGCGCAAAAGACGAUCGACACUGCUGACGACAACCCAUUGCAACUACUUUGCUCGAAAUACUUCGAUGAACAAGCUAAAGUCUCCUGCCGAACAAAGAUGUACGAGGCGCAGCAGUGGGGAAGCUACAAAGAUACGAAGAACAUCUUUAAAUUCGACAAAUUUGGUCUCGAUGGGCUUCUCGCACUCAUCAAGAAUACCGAAAAUGUCAAGAAAGAUAACGUCAUCUCAAUUGGCGGAGUUGGUGGUCUUUUUGCGCUGGAAACAGCGGCCGAAAUGUUCGAGGAAAAAUACAACACAGAAAAAAUCGUCAAAAUCACCUUCCAGAUGUUUUGCGAUUUAAUUACAGCAUCAAUUGAGAAGCUCCAAAAAAUCGAGCAGCUGAAAACUGUCAGUGCGCAAAACAUCGACGCCUUGGUGAUCGCCGGAGUAAAGCUUGCAAACUCGUCGAUCUUCAACAACCUCGAAAAAAUUCCUUUGAAGGAAUUCACCACUAAUGAAAAAGUAGAAUCGUUGCUGAACGAACUGCUUCUUGGCGAACUCAUGAAGCUAAUCGAUUUGAGCCUUGAUGAAGGAAGUGUGACGAGAUCGUUCAUUAUCGGUUCGCAUGAAGGAAUCCGACUUGUGCUGGAUCAGCGGCUUCUUCCUAAUCAAACUCUCGUGAACGAGGAAACUGUUCUCAAGAUCUUUCAGUACAUUGUCUUGAUCACGAACGAAUCCUACGGAUUAACAUGCCAGUUUUUGAAAAUUCUCUUGACUCACCGAUCUGCUGAUGUCACAAAAACUAAGAUGAAGCUUCUCACCGACGAGUUAUUGAAUCUUGUUCGAGCAGAAUCCGCCACCCAAACGGAUGUUUCCGAGCUUUUAGAAAUUAUCAACGCCAAAUGCGAACGAACGCUGUUAGAAAGCAUCGCCACAGAGCUGAUCGCGCAAAUCAGUAAAGGAGCAACUGCGCAUGAUCUCAAACAACUUGUUGAAAUCGCGAAUUUAGUACAAGCUGACAAAGAAGAAAAUGAAUCAUUUGGAGAGGGAGAGACUAGUCUAGGAUAUGGGCAUGUCCACAUUCUCCGAGAGAUUGAAAAAGUCCUGGAAGAGCUCCCGAAAACGAUCGAUAAGAAUGAAAAGCUCUACCCAGCGUUUGAGUACCUAACUCAACUGUCGAUUUAUUUAUCGAUGGACGAUGAAUCGCGUUGGAUGUCUGAUGUCGUGAGUCAAUUCACCCGAGGGAAGCAAGACACACCCCGGAGCGAGAAAGCAGCGAAAGAUGCGAAACUGUGCACUUAUACUCACACGCAGCGCGAGUUCCAGAGCCAGCAUUGGUACCACUGUCACAGUUGCAAUAUGGUUGACAGCGUUGGUGUUUGUUCUACAUGCGCUGUCGUUUGUCAUGAGGGGCACAACCUGAGUUAUGCGAAGCAUUCAUCAUUCUUUUGUGAUUGCGGAGCGCAAGACAGAACUCCUGGUCGUCGAUCAUGCAUUGCUCUGACUCCAAGAUCCCCAGGCGUCACUCCUGGCAAAAAGCAGCCCGAGACGGGAACAUCGGCAGGUAUUUUCAACGCUUCGGAAGAAAUUACGCUCAGUAUCAACAUAACGAAUCCACUCAUCAGAGAGAGGUGCAAAGAUGCUCUUACAAAGAUGAUACCGAAAAUCGAAGCUGUCUGCGUCUCACUAGAAUCAUCCUCAAAAGAUGAAGAAACUGCGGAAGAGAAGGCAAGAGCGCUGCUUGAUAGAUUCCAAAAGACAACAAAAGCAACAGUGAAUAACUAUAUCAAGGCCGAUUUCCAGACCAAUCAAGGAGCGCUGGAAAACGUCAAACCCUCUCUAUCUCCUGACGGAAACGAGGCUAUAAGAAAAGUGCUUCUUGAGAAUUCAAUUCACAGAAAUUUUGUCGGAGUUCUUGAAGAAAACCGUGAGAAAUACAUUGUCGUUCUCCAGGACAAGAAUAAAAUGUCACUCCUCGCACUUUCCACUCUUCUUUCUCGAAAAUCCAACAGCUCCACGAACGCUGUCUCGAGGCAGAGUCAUUAUACAGCUUCAUUUACAGUUAUGAACGUUCUACCAGCUCCGUACGGUCGAUUCAUCCUACAGAGUGGAAUUCGCGAAGCAAUCAUCCACCGAAUAAAUAAUGGUACUUUUGGGGAGAAAAUUUCCCUCCAUUUGAAUACUCCGAGCAAUGAUUUUAUCACUCAAACUCGUUGGAUUCCUCAACUUCCCGGUUAUUUGGCGAUCUCAAGCACUAGAAAUGUAAAAAUCUUCAAUUUCUUAGAAGAUCCUAUGUGUCCACUUUUCAAUUUCAAAGUGAGCGACCAAAUUCACGACUUUACGUAUUUUUUCAUUGGGACCGAACUUCAUCUACUAGUCCUUGUUUUGUCAAAAGAUGGAGAGAGCGUCUUCAUCAAAAAAGUCACCGACGAAGAUAAAGCAUCCAAGCAUGGAGAAGUGACAAUCUCCGAAAAAGUUCAGAUAAGAAACGAUGUCUUAGUUCCCAAAAACGAUCUGCAGAUUUGCUCCAACGGCACGAUUUUCUAUUCCUUUCAAACUGGAGUUCUUUUCCUUGCAUACACGAUCGGAAGCACUAAGAAAGGCACCCACAAGAGGCAAGUUUUCUUCGCUCUUAGCUGCCCUGUUUUCGAAAACAAUUGUUGGUCAGUGUCAACAGUCGCUAAAAUGCCAGAACUAUCCGCUCUGAUGAAAGAAAUGCUAACACAAAAAAGAUCUUUCGACAAGGACGCGAAGAGCAAGGAUGCAGAGGGCUUGAUCAAGCUCGCUCCGAAUUUUUCUUCUGGGAAUACGUCGAGCGCAAAAUACGUUCGUAAUCUCCGCGAGGCUACUGGUCAUCCUGGUUUGCUCACUGCUUCAUACGGCCCACACAGUUUUGCAAUUACGUUUACAGAGAGCGAAAUCAACGUCGAAUUUCUUGGGGAUGUUCGACCAAUUCUGGACAUUUCCGCGAUCGUUCACAACUUUCGCGGUACAGAGAAACCAACGUCGUCGAUUCUUGCUAUCGCAGAAGACGGCGCUCUUCGAGGAUGGACAAUCAACCCAGCGCAAGCAGAGAAAGGCGAGUACUGGAAAAACAUGGCUCUUCAAAAUACACAAGUCCCUGUAAUCCAAGAAACGAGCAAAGAAUACCCGCCCACCUUCUUGGAAGAUUUUGAAAUCAUCACAGACUCAGAGCUCGAGUACCAGUCAAACCAGCUGCAGCGAGUUUACAAUCGCCAGCGUCUUCGUCGAUGUCUCGAGCCGGGAAAUAACACCAACUCGCAUUACGUGACAUGGAAGGGUCCCUUCACUCUUUCGGUGAAAACAGCGAAGAUCGUUCGUGGCCUGAGACUUCACUUUGGAGAUAAUGAUGCUCAAUCGGCUCCUCAUUCCGUCGAGCUCACUCAGUUCAACCGAAUUGUCACCGUUGGGGACGUCACUCAAGCUCGUUGGUUUGACAUUAUUCUGACUCCAGAAGAAGCUCUCAAUUUGGACGGAAAAAUCACUCUAGAGUUCGUCCCAUCUCCAAGUGCUGAUCGAAAAAUCGUCGUCGACGCAAUCAGACUCUACAAAACCAGCCGCAGGGCGAUUAUGAACGAGAAAAAAACGAAACGACACCAAACUCGCCAAGAAGUCGUCCCUCUUCAAGGGACCUCGAGACGAUUCUGA